AUUGUAAUUGACCACCUCUAAUCUGUCUGUCAGUCAAGAUAUUUUGUUGUGAUCUAGUGAUAGAGUGUUUUCGAGUAAUUUAUUUAAGUGUUAUACGUCGUCAUUUGUUACAGUUUUUAGUUCGAGAACGAUACUCUAUGAUUUGAAUUUAAUUUUUUAAAGUGUCGAUACUAUUAUGUAGAUGUGAAUGUUUAAUUCAAAUAUGUGAACGACAAUCGUGUGUUCAAUAUGUGGAUCAAUUUGAAAAACCUAGACCCAUGCAAAUCGUGAUAUAUCGUGUUUCAUACAAUUAUUAGAUUUUAAUUAGUUGGAGAAAUGGUACUGUUUGUCACGGAAUCAAACACUGAGAAAGGAGCAAGAAUGAUGGCACCCACAAUGAGCUCUCUCAUGGAACCAAACGUCACGCAACCCAUCACUCCUGUAGAAGAAGAGCUUUUCUGCAAACUUAUUCUCUAUAUUGAAAUAUCAAACUCGAGAGUUCGAGUGUGGGAUGUGAUCAUUCUAGUUCCAAAUCUGUUGUUUCUACUCUUCCUCAUCGUUCGGUUCAAUCGAGCUAGACUUAAAUUAAGAGCUACGAGCAGUCCUAUAUUCUUUGCUUUCUAUGGACUAGUCCUGGUUAAUGUGGUGAUAAGUGUGAUCCGGUGUGUGGUGUCGAUGAGUGUCAAUGCUGCUGCGGUUGUGGGGGGCUAUGUGGAUACAUUUCUGUGGAUUACCGUCCGAUUCUUCUUGCUAUCAACAGAGAUGAGUGUAGUCAUAUUUGGGCUUGCGUUUGGACACUUAGACAGUAGAAGCAGCAUCCGUUAUGUUCUGUUGGCUACGUCGCUAUUUUCUCUGGCCUUCUCUACUAGUCAAGGGGCUCUUGAAGUCUUAGCUCCCGAUGAAAGUUUCAGAAUCCAUUCCAAGGAUUUCAACAUCUUUGGUCAUGGUGGAAUGCUCUUCUGGUUCACCAGUUCUAUAGUGUUUUCAAUGAUUUAUAUAAUCAUCUUGAUACUUCCUUGGACAAGACUACGGGAGAGAUUGAAUUUACCAACCAAAAAGUCUUUCUAUCUGUAUGUGCUGUUCCUGGCAUUACUCAACAUCAGCCAGUCAGUGGGCAGUGGACUACUGCUCUAUGGAGUGAGAGAGGGUCUGUGUGUCGUUGAUGUCACCACUUGCAUCUACUUCACUUUCUUCACUCCCCUCGUUUACCACACAUUCCUCAGCGAGUUUUUUGGGGUAUCUCAGCCAAGUAUAAUGUUCUCGUACAAAGCCCAGGUGGAUGACACUAUGGAGGACGACGACACAGUGUCUUUACCUCAUCAACAGUCAUUCUCCUCUCUCAAAACUGAUUCUGAUUACAUAUACCAGGACAUGGAAUGUGGUAGAGCUUUGCUUGACAGUUAUUCUAACAGUGAAGAAAGCCUAAUCAAGAGCAACAGUGUCUACGACAGCACACAGUUUGACAGUGCGAUACCAGCGCCUUUGUACAAUACCUCACUGCAGAGUCCAGACAGCAUCACUGGCUACAGUCUAGACAGCCAGACUAUAGACUUGCCGUCGGGUAAGCAGUGACAACUAGGCCUCGUCUGUCGCAUUGCAGUUUGAAACUUACCAAAGAGAAUUGUAAAUAGUUUUGGUUGUGUUAUGCAUUUACCGUCAAGUUGGUGUCAGUGAUAUGUGAAAAUUUCAGGCUGCUAUAGUACGUCAAUUUAGGUCCUUAAUCGGGCAUGUUUGUUUGCUGUGGGAACUUUCCAUUUCCCAUUUAAAUGAUAAUUGUUAUGAUUGAUUGAUUUCUCCUACUUUCCACACCCCCUCCCCCCACAAAAAUUACAUUAAAAAACAUAAUAAAUUAAAAAUAAUUAUCAUUUGCUAUGGCUUUAGUUAUUUUCUGGCACUGUAAGAAUUUAAUUGUCCGUCUGAAAGGCAAUUAUUCAUAGAUGCAUACCACUGUGAAGUGGUUAUCUUCUAAUUCUUUAAUAAUAGUAUACAUUUUUUAUUCAUAAUUUUGUAUUUAUAUCGAUUGUUUGUAUCUGCAUAAAAAUUUUUACUUUGUAUCGGAAAUAUAAGAAGGUUUCACUGCCAAUACAAGUUGGAAAUGAGUAUCUGAUAGAAACCAGCAAAACCGAAAUGUCAAAACGUGAAUUCACACAUUGUAGCUUGUAAAUAGUUUUUAGUUGUUAUAAAGUUGUAGUCAUUAGUAGAAAUCUAAGUAGGUAAAUUAAUAUGGAGGUGAAAAUGUUCACAAAUUGGUUUUGGUUUUUUAUAUUUGAGAAGGAUGAGAAGCGAUCUCUCUAUAGUAGGGUUGUAUGUUGUAAACAACACAUUUUAUUUCUAUAAAUUAUUAGAUAAUGAUAUUACAAAUAUUGUUAUAUAUAUCUUUAAUUAAUGUUGCAGAUUUUCUAGAAUGUAACUAGAAAAUUGUAGAUUGUGUGUAAAGUCCAGGCUUAGUGCCAAAUUGGGUAUUUAAGAAAAAUAACAAACACUUACAAACUACCACUGUUAUGAAUGUUUUUCAAAACUAACUCAUUAGGUGCGGAGCACUAGCUGUAAAAAAAGACAAAGGUCUUUUAAUCUCUCCAAAUUGAAUUUUCUUUUUAGGAAAAACAUGAGUAUGUGAAAACAUAAAACCAAACAACACAAAUAGCAGUUGUAUGUUUAUGUUUUGGCUUCUCGUUUGUGUUGUUUAAAAAAAGGGCUAAGUCUGAGAUAAACCACUGAACCUAAACUAAAACUCACAAUUAUUCUAUUACGUGGUGCAAAGUCAUCAAGUCAGAAUUUCACUUCUCAUGGGAUGGCACUUAAGUCUACUGCACAUACUUGUGGCAGUUGUUUGAACUGUUUCCAUAAUGAAUAUUAGAUGGUUUGGUUUUUACUAUAUAGGCUACGUAGCCCACAUUUUAGCAUCAAACAGAAAUCAUUUUUGGCACUUAGCCUGAAUUUAAUUCCUAGUCUACAAUUAAUGAUAUUUUUAGCAUAGCUUCUAUACAUAUAGCAUUUUUUGCAGAAGAAAAAAUGUAGAUCAUCUUUGUUAAAAGAUGCCUAUUUGUUAUAAAUAGUAGAAUGUAUAGUUUCAAUUAUCUUAAUGUAAACCACGAGUUUCCUCUAGAAAAUGGUUAUAAAAAUAAAUAGUUCAGUUUUAGAUGUUGUAAUAUAAACAAUUAGAAUUGACAACAAAUAGUGAGAAAUGUUUGUAAAAUAUUAAUUCCAUUUUCAGGCAUUAUAAUAACUCUGUUCUUUGAUGUUUUCACACUCGAACCUUGUAACUGUCCCUCAGUAAGUUUCCAAACAAUAUAACAACAAAUAUCAAAUCCCUUGGUUAUCUAUUCAGGAACUCAUCAGUGCCAAUACAAUCCCCAAACAUUUUUCUUUUCAAGGUCAUCCAGCUCAUCUGGCUGUUAUGAAUAAAUAAAAAGGGUUUUUAGUGAGCAGUUGUCAAUGAUGUAACAAAAUCUUCUCGUACUAGUUAGAAAAACAAAUUCAGUCAAUUUAUUAAACAAUUUCCAGAUAUGUAAUCUUUAUUGAUUGAAUUUUUUAUAUAUUUCACCUGCCAUAUAAAUAAUAUUUAUUCUUCAGUAAUAAUGUUCAGUAAUAAUUACUCAUUACAUUAAUUUAGGAGAAUAAUUGUGCUUAUUAUUUAUAGUAGUUAUUUAAGUCAUGCUUGUUACUUAUAAACAAUAUGAAACAUAUGUUGUAUAAACAUUUUUAACUUGAAGUAUUAAAUGCUUCAUAUUAAUAUCAUAAAUUAAUGGAUGUGCUAUGCUAAAUAUGUUUUAUGUUUAUCCGAAAGGUUUUUGCGCACUGAAGUUUUGUUGCAAUACUUGCAAGCAAUUUGUGUGCAAUACCAUCCGUCCUAAAUACUGGUUCUAAACAUCUUUAGCCUUGUGUACACUCAUAUAGUCGUAUGUUUGAUUCUUUCCACACAAUAUAUUGUAGAAUUGAUUAAUAUAUACAUAUUUUUUAAUAAGACUA